AUGAAUUACAGAUACACGCUCAAGAUUAAUGCGCUGAUGCAUGAUAUUAUUGUUGAGCUACAGACCAAGAGAGAGCGUCAUGUCAAAUAUCCUCACGUUUACCCUUCUGCUGCUGUUUCCGCUACACAUAUCAGAUCUACCAUUGUCAAUCCAACCCAAUUAUCCACAUUUGAGGAUUGGCAGUGUGUCUUAGAAAGACUAGAUGCGCACCCUCUGCUUAGAAAGUCGAUGAAAGAAGAAAAAGGUGAUUUCAUUGAAUAUUGGGAGAUAUUGAUUUAG